UUGAUAGCGUACGACGAAUUUACUGUUUAUGUGAAAAGAGGCAUUUCUAGUGGAGGUUUAAUUAUACUCCAUCACUGUAUGAAAGUUUAUGUACCUCGGGUUUUAAAGCGGAUGGCCUUUUGCCCGGCCAUCGAUUUCGAAUCGGUUGCAAAGAUAACUGUGGAAUGAUGCGUGAGGGUGGGAAAUUGUGGAGCAACAGCUCAGAGGGUCACAGUAGUGAUCCCGAAGAGGAUGAUGAAGAAGAGAUGGCGUUCGGCGAGACUGAGGAAGACUCUGAAGAGAUGAUGGACUUGAGUGAUCUCCCUACAGCUCUGUUUGCCUGCAGCGUGCAUGAGGCUGUGUUUGAGGAGGACAGGCAGAGGGAGCGGUUUGAGGCUCUGUUCAGGAUCUAUGAUGAUCAGACGUCCUUCCAGAUGUUCAAGAGUUUCAGAAGAGUUCGGAUCAGCUUUAGCACUCCAGAGGCCGCCGCACGCGCACGCAUCGAGCUCCAUGAAACUGAUUUCAACGGCACAAAACUAAAACUGUACUUCGCACAGGUGCAGAAUUCAGGGGAUGAUGUGGACAAGACAUACCUUGCCCCACCUCAACCUGUCAAGCAGUUCCUCAUCUCCCCACCUGCGUCCCCACCUGUGGGAUGGAGCCAGAGUGAAGAUGCCACACCUGUGAUCAACUACGACUUGCUGUGUGCAGUGGCCAAACUGGGACCAGGUGAAAAGUAUGAGCUGCACGCGGGCACAGAGUCCACUCCGAGCGUGGUGGUCCACGUGUGUGAGAGCGAAAAUGAAGAAGAAGAAGAAGCCCGGCCAAAAGCCAAGAUUGUCCAGACCAGACGCCCCGACGGUCCCCCGAAAGUCUACAACUAAAACCUUCGGCGCACUUCACACGUUUUUCUCUCUCUCUGUGUCUCUUUCUCUCAUCCAGGGAAAGGCACGCUUUAUUUCAAUAACAAAAAAAAGCUAAACUAAGAACCGGAUGGAUGUGGAGGGUGCUCCGUGCACAGGUGACGUGUGCUGUUCUGAACUGGACUCGUGGACUGAACACACUGUCUCACUGCUGCCUCACGGGACAGCCAGGGGGCGAUGAGCUUGAGACCCCCCUCUCACAAUCAUAGCACUUUCAUUCCCUCAUUUAGAGUCUUUGUACUGUAGCAUUGAAGAGCAGUAAUUGUAUUUAACAGUCGUAGAGGUAGGUUACAUGUAAUCUUUGUUACUGUCUGUCACUUUGAUUGAUCAUCAAAGAAAAUAACGCUUUAAAAAAAAGAAAAGAAUAAAGAAAGCAGACCCAUUCUGCUUUCUCCGUUUCUCUCUCGACAGCCGUGUCCGCGCUCAUCUCCCUAUCGCUCAGGUUUGGCACACCUGCAGAGAUGGCAUUGGAAUUGUGACCCGUGUGUGUAUUUAUGCCUGUUCAUACCAUGCUAGAACGAGACGAAAAGUUGUAUAAUGGAAAUGGUAAGAACGAAGGUGUCGAUUGAAGUGUUUCCGUCACGUCGGUUACGAUGAGGGGGUGUUUACUAAGUUAGAUGUGUAUUAUUCUUACUGUGUAUUUGAUACCACGCAUUUUUGCAUGCUGACUGACGUAUUUUAUACUCUAUGUUAAAGCAACUUUAAGCGUAUCUGAUCGCUGUCUUUCAGAGUGGUUGGUCUUGGAAAGCGAAGAAUAGUUGUCAGGAGUAAAGUUUGACAUUUUGUACUUGUAUAGUGCUUCAUUCACAGGUCAGAUAAACGAUUAGAAAAAAGCACAUGGUGAGGCUCUUAGUUUUACAUUAACUCUGUUUGUCUUGCAUUGUUUAUCACUGACAGUGUUUGUUGUUUUUCAUAUCUUCAUAGAUUUAUUGAAUAUACAUUGACAUGCUCAUGUUUCGAAAUGAAAAUCAAUGUGCCGGGUGCUUUGGCCCAAAACUGAGUAUGGAUAAUGAUACCGUCAUAUCAAUGUUAAUUGUUAAGUUGUGCGUUUUGCAGUGGCAGAUCAAAUUAUAAAAAGGAAUAGUCCACCGAAAAAUUUUAAUUCUGUCCUUACUUCCUUUUUUUUUUUUUUUUUUUUUCAGUGGAACUAUUCCAGUUCUUUUGUGUUGUCAUAAGUUUAUAAACCUCUACUGUGUUAAUUCAUACCAAAAAGGUAAAAAUAGAUGAAAAUGGAUGAAUGAAAAGGUCAUUUUAAAAUAUUUGUUUUAGUAAUAAUGUACAGUCAGUGAAGUAGAAUGUCACGAUUGACCAAUCAGAUUGAGGAUUGCAGAGAAGCUUUUUAAAGACGGCGGUUGAAUUAGCCUUAUGAAAAGUCACAUUUUAAGGAAAAAACAAAUGUGUAAAAAAAGAAAGAAAAUUCAGUUAAAUAUGGAGUAAUAUUCAGACGUAUUUUAAAAAUGCAAUGAAAAAGAAAAAAUGCAAAUAACUGAAAAUCAUGUGACUUUAUAAAUUGCCUUGCUCCCUUGCUUUCAAGUGUUUCGUUUAAAAGCCAAUCCUUCAGUGAAGAAGGAAACCUUUAGCAAAUAACUUAAUAAAAAAAUAAAUCUAUUGGAAUUAAAUUUUUUUUUGUACUUCUGCAUGCUGUGACUUUUCCAUAGAUGCAGUCUUUCCUGUUUGUAUCUCACUCUGAAUGCAGCCCUUUUCUCCUGCCUGUUUCAUCCUGUUGUGUUUCAGUCAAUACGGGGGUGAGAGACAUGGUGAACAAAGCUCUUUGAGUUAUUGAUAACCAGCAUGAACAAAUGUUUUGGACUCUUUUGAGUUUUGUAUGUGUUAAAGAAGUGAAGUAUAUGAACACAAAAAGCAAAUUUGUACCAAGUUGUAAGAUGAGCCUAUCAUUGGCAGCAUAAUGUAUUGAUAUUUUUUACUGUAUUUAAGGCUGUUGUUGCAGUUGCUUCAUAUCAGUAAAAUGAUCUUGUUCUUUCUUUUCAUUUUUUAUAAGAAAGUUACAGGUAGUCAGUUCUAACACUGUUGCUGUUCUGUUUGGAUAUAGAUAUUGUCUAGUACUUUAAAUGUAGUUCAUAACCCGUGAACACAAAGCAAUAAUUUACAGUUAUAUGUCUGUGUCCUGUAUACUAUGAUUUUAUUUUAUUUUAUAUUUAUUUUUUUGGCAGAGCUCUUCUCUGACUCUUAGCUUGCUUUUGUUUGUGUAAAUAUGAUUGUUAUUUGUUUCUCAUUGGCAUAUAAAUAUAUAAAUAAAGAUAUAUAUAUAUCUCUAUA